AUGAUAACAGUGGAAGCCAUUAGAAUUGGCAAUGGCCGGGUGUCAAUGGUUUCGGGAGUUUAUGCCUUCGAUUUAGUAUCUCCAAAAUCUCCGUUGUGGAAUCAUAUGAGGACUAUGGGAGCUGCUAUUUCCGAACAUUGGUUACUUCUAAGGGACUUUAAUACUUUAUUUAAUAGCUCAGAAAAAAUCGGAGGAAGCAGUUCUUUACCAUUAGACUCGGGUGAUUUUACCCAAGUCAUGAUGGAUUGUGCUUUAUCUGACCUUGGGGUAGCCAGGGGGUGGUUUUCUUGGUCAAAUGACCAAAUCAAUAGCAAGUGCAUAAGAAGAAGAUUAGAUCCUGCAAUGGCAACCACUAAUUGGGUUCUGGCAUUUUUGGAAUCUAAGGUGGAGCUUCUUCCCAAAGGUAACUCUGAUCACUGUCCACUUUUAGUAACAGUUUCUGAUGAGGGACCAGUCAGACCAAAGUUAUUUAAAUAUUUUUCUAUACGGGAAAAACACUCAGACUUCAUGAGCAUGAUCUCUGCAUCAUGGGAAGUGAGAGUUAGAGGCACGGCUAUGUACCGGUUUAUGACUAAACUAAAGAGAUUGAGGGCUGAUCCGUAUAUAUGGAAUAAGGAAGUCUUUGGUCAUAUUAAUGAAUCCAUUGUAGGAGUCAAACACCAACUAUCUUCUUUGCAUGAUAGUCUAUAUGCAGAACCCUCGAACGAUGCACUAAUGUUAGAAGAGCAAGAAAGUACCCAGAGGCUUCAAAUACUUUUGGGACACGAAGAAAUAUUAUGGAGACAGAAGUCUAGACAGAAUUGGCUGAAGGACGGGGAUUUUAAUACUAAGUUCUUUUAUCUAUCCAUUGUGAUUCGAAGAAGAAAUGAUAGGAUCAUAUCUUUGAAAGAUCAGAAUGGGAACUUGUUAGCUUCUGAGGCAUACAUAAAUAGGCAUAUGAUCAGCAUCUUUGAGAAUUUGCUUGCUCAAGAAAGUGAUAUUGACCCGCUUCUGGCAAAUCCGUUUCUACCAAAUCAUGCUCAAUAA